UAUGGCCACGCGGCAGCGCGAUUCUUCUGCAGCCAUUCCAGGGUUGUCCAGCUAAAUGGUCAGUGGGCUUUCAAACGUUUGGGACGGGAAAUGGUACCAACAGUUAUACAGACCCCGAAAGCUUCCGAGAAGGCAAAGAUGAAGACGAUGGCGAAUCUGUCACCUUGUAUUUGUGUAUGAAGUCGUCUGAAUUCGGGACAUACGACUGGCCAGCUGGAGACUAUUGUACUAUCGAAUACGGUGACUGUCCUACAGGGUUCUCAAGAGGAGAAAUCGACUAUCAAACACAGUCAGUGACAGAGUGGCUAGCGUUCUGUUGCAGAAACGAUGGAUUUGCUGGCACUGAGAUCGACCUCCCAAACUCUGAUCCGUUCUACCUGUUUCGACACCAAGGUCAGUGUCAGAAGGUCAAGGGCAUGCUUACCCAGGAGGAGUUCAUAUUUUUCGAUAACAAUAAUCACGGAUUCAUGGGAGCCUUUCCCUACGUCAUCACAACGACUGGACUGGAGAUCAGGUUCUGCUACUAUUACCCGACAGCCAACCUAUCAGUAUGGCCGAAGGGAACAGCGGAGCUGCCACAGCCAGAAACUGGUUGUCCGACGAGUUGGGAGACGAUGGUGUUUACACUUCACCCUGAGACAGGGGGGAACACUCACCACAGUCUAGUCAGCCACUUGAGAGGGCCGAUAACCGCUGAUACACUGGACUGGUAUUUCUGUAGAAAACCAACAGAGUAUGGACCAUACCGUUGGCCGGCUGGUGACUACUGUGUGGCCGGACAGAGUUGUCCAACAGGUUUCGGGAAAGGGCAAAUAUAUCUGGACACGGAAGACGAUAUGAAUACAGAAAACAAAAUGCUAUACGUAUGCUGCAGAAAUGAUGGUUUGGCUAGCACGGCGAUUGACCUCCCGACCUCUGACCCCUUUUACUUGUUCCGAUACAAAGGUCAAUGUCAGGAGGUCAAAGGAUUGGUUGUGGUGGAGGAGUUCUUGUACAUUGAUACGGAGGAUUUCAGCAAUAGUAACCAACUCGUAGGAGAAACCCCCUACGUAGGUUCUGACGGCACAGACAACGUGGAGAUACACUUCUGUUAUUAUCACAAUACCUAAACAGUCAACGGACACGCUUGCCUAUGUGUGAACAGGUGAAAAAACAAACAUCAUUACAAAUGUAUGGCGUGA